UGUUUAACUUUUUCAGAUCAUGUACAUGACUUUAUCAAAAUCUUUAACCCUCGUAUGAAAUUGCACGAAGUAUUCCUGAUUUAGCCCGCUUUAUGCGGACAAAGAUUAGCAUUUUUAUACAAAUGUCCUACUUCCUGGUCUCAUGUCGAAAAUAGAAUUCUGUUGUAGCGAGUUGCAGUCACGUUUGAAAUGUCAAAAUCCGGUGAAAAUGAAAUCGUGUCACAGAUUAAUGAUUUAUAAUACCCGUCUCCGAAAACUAUGGUUUGUGACUGAGUAAUGCCAUUGACGUGCAGGUAUUUACUGGUGCUAUGUAUAGCUUGCUACGCGGAUGUAACAGAAGAUUUCUGUCUGGUUUGUGGGCCGCGUCGGUUAACACUGCUACAACAACAACGUCAAGACAGCCAGCGUUGCUAUUUUACUGUCUAAACGAGCAGGGAUUUCAAGGCAUGGCCAAGGCAUUCAAACAGGGGAAGCGACCCAGCUCCGACUUAGCGGCAUUCCGUGAUAUCUUCCACAAAUCCAAGUACAUAGUGGUGUUAACAGGGGCAGGUGUCAGUGCUGAGAGUGGGAUCCCAACGUUUCGCGGAGAGGGGGGAUAUUGGCGGAAGUAUCAGGCGCCGCAUCUCGCCACCCCAGAGGCAUUUGCGCUUGACCCAUCCCUAGUGUGGGAGUUCUACCAUCACAGACGAGAGGUGGUUCUGACCAAGCAACCAAACAAGGCUCACAUUGCCAUUGCUGAGUGUGAGAAGAGACUUAAAGAUGAAGGUCGCUUUCUGGUUGUCAUCACACAGAAUAUUGACGAACUCCAUCGACAGGCUGGCACGCAAAACAUUGAGGAGCUCCAUGGUAGUUUGUUCAAGGUGAGAUGUACAAAAUGUGGGGAGGUGACCUACAACAGAGACAGCCCAAUUUGCCCUGCCCUAAAGGGAAGAGGAGCACCUGGAAAGGAUGUAGAGAAUGCUGCCAUUCCUAUGGAAGAUCUGCCCAGGUGUAAGACGGGAAGUUGUAGUGGAUUACUCCGCCCCCACGUUGUGUGGUUUGGAGAAAGUUUGGACCCAAAAGUCUUAAGAAAUACUGAUGAACAUCUGGAUAAGUGCGAUCUGUGUUUAGUGAUUGGAACGUCAUCUGUUGUCUACCCUGCCGCCAUGUAUGCACCUAGUCUAGCCUCCAAGGGAGUUCCUGUGGCCGAGUUUAACAUUGAAGAGACUCCAGCAACGAACAGACUGGGGUUCCACUUUCAGGGUGCCGCUGGGGAAUGGGUGCCCAAAGCCUUGGCCCCAUGAAGCCUCAGCUCUGCGCGACAGCAAACCUUUUAACGUGCGGAAGUAUGACUGACUGUGUGAUAAACCUUAUGCUGUGAACCUUUUGACAUACACACAUGUUGUGUACAUUGCACUAUUCACAGUUUUUAAGUGAUAUCAUAACAGCUUUGAGCCAGUCAUCAGAACUCUCUUUGGUCAAGUAAAUUUUAACCCAGCAAAUUUUCAACCAGGCGAGAUGGCCUUGAAUAAAGAAUUCCCCAUAGAAAUGAAAAUUAAAGCUUUUUUUAAGAAAUGCCGUUCGGCAAAAGUAAUGACAGUAUGUUACCUAGCCUUCAUAAAGGAUGGUGUUAAUCUUAUUUUAAUCUUAUAUCAGCGCUGUAGAUAACCUUAUAGCAGGAGCCACUUUCACAAAAUUUCUUAACUCGUAUGUCUUGAAACUUUUUUCAUAAAAGACUUACUAUACGUUGUAUAGUUACAAGGCGACAUUGUUUGCAAGAAAAGUUAAGAAAAAUUGGUUUACGAAUCUUUGUGAAAGUGGCUCAGGCCAGUCUUUGUUCUGCCAAAGUUGUAGUGCUGCUUCACUAUAUCACCCUGCAGGACCCGCUCCUUACAGAAUUAAACUUAUAAAGGUGCCUCACUCACCUAAUCUUUUUAGAAUCCGCCAUUGGGAUUGACUGAAAUUGAAAAUUUGUAGGUAUAGUGAUAGGGUAGGAUUAAUUUGUAUGGAAACAGCUAUGUUUUAUAUGUAUGUGUGUGUUACUUUAUCUUGCAAAGAUAUGAACGACAAUAAGACCGAUAUGAAAAAUUAUUAAGGAAUUACUUUUCAUAAUUUUGUACAGUUACAUAUUAAUGGAGAAGAAAAUAAAAACUUUUAUUUAACAUAGAUGGAACAUAAUAAAUGUUUGUUCGCUUACAGUGUUAGUGAUGCAUCACGUUAUCAGAAUUUGUGCUUAUAAAUG